UCUUCAAUCAAAUUUAAAUUAUUUCAAGUUAAAAAAAUUAAAAAAAAAAUAUAUUUGUAUUGUCCUUUUUGUCAAUAAUCUGUCCUAUGAACCAUUUUUACCAUUGUGAAUGGUGUAAAGGUGUAAAACAAAGUUUGGUAGCACUAACGCAAGCGUCGACAAAAUGGCUAUUAUUGCUACCAAUAAUAUUAUCGAGAUAACAUUGAUAUCCAGCUGAUGUAGCCUUAAAGGUGAGAACAUAGGAUAAUUAAGCGCUGCCCUUAAAGCAAAUUUCAAGGGGGUAUCAUAUAAAAACAGCUGUUUAAUUCAUUAUGUGCAUUAUAAAAUCAUAACACAUCUAUCCGAUAAUUUCUAAAAGAUGUCUAAAAUAAUUAUUGAUCAACUGACACACGCACAAAAGGUGCGUAUUUUGUAUAAAACAAUCUUACGUUUGCACAGAGGUUUACCAGAAGAACUUCGGGAUUUGGGUGAUAAAUAUGCUCGCGAUGAAUUUCGUCGUCACCUUACUUGUUCACCUAUGGAGGCCCAACUAUUUAUAACAGAAUGGGCGAAGUAUGCAGUAACGAUUACUUCACAAUUAGGACUGAAAGGCAAAGCAAAGGGUACAAUAGGUGACCAAUUGGAAACAAGCACUGUGGAAAUGCUUAAAGACGACCAAGUGAUACAAUUAUAUGAACUAAUGUUGGCUGCUAGGGGCAUUGAAGGUGAAACAAUUACAGCUGAAGAUUUACAUCGGGCUAAAUAAAUGUUAAUGCAUUUUAUUUACUCUA